CCGCCCCUCCCUCCUUCCGUUCCUCCCCCCUCUCUCUCUCUCUCUCUCUCUGCUUUCUCUCUCUAGAUUAUCUCUUCACCAUCUUCAUUCAAUCCAUCACUCGCCUACCCUCCGCAUAUCCUCAACAUACCCUAAUUUGUCCAAAUUUUGAAGUUUCAGAAACUAACACAACGCUUCUUGAAUUAAGACGAAUGCGAAUUUUCUGAUUCUCCGCUGCAAUUGUAGUCUCUCUCUCUACAACCCCUCUAUUCCUGUGUGUAUAUAUUUACAUAUAUAUCCAUUCGGUUCGUAUUGAUGCUCUUCGAUUUCGUUUUCUUUAAUUCUUUUUGAGCUCUAUAUAUGCGUUUGCUUGUUGUUUUUCAAUUCUUGUUCGAUUCAAUGAGAUUGCUCUGUCCCGAUGCUCCCCAAUAGGAAUGGCUUCUGUUCCUUCUGUAUCAGUUCCCGUGGAAUGCGUAAACAUAUGUAAGUUGUUUAAAGGGGAUGGUAGUGGAAGAUACGACUGUAGUGUUCUCUCUUGCGCGUGGAAGGCUCCCAGGGCACUCACUGGAUUUCUUGCAAGCACUGCACAUCCGCCUCAGUGUUCGACACCGCGAAAUGGACGGAGUGGAAGAAGAAGUCGCGUCAGAUGUAGAUGUGAAGCAGUUGAUGUUGGGGGAUGGUACUGCACUGAAGCAUCUGACUUUGAACUUCCAGGAAGAAUAUUAAAAUCAAGUUUGCUUCAUGUGGCUUGUAAAAAGUGGCAGUUGUACUGUUCUUCAUCAUUCUCUUCUGAUUCCUGUUAUGAGGCUUCUCCUGAAAAGUUGUGGGAGGAUCUUAAGCCUACCAUUUCAUACCUUCCACCUAAAGAGUUGGAAUUGGUUCGUAUUGCUCUCAGUCUAGCUUUUGAGGCACAUGAUGGUCAAAAAAGACGUAGUGGAGAGCCCUUUAUCAUUCAUCCUGUGGCAGUUGCUCGAAUCCUAGGAGAGCUUGAAUUGGAUUGGGAGUCUAUUGCUGCUGGUUUAUUACAUGACACUGUUGAGGAUACAAAUGUUGUUACUUUUGAAAGAAUAGAAAAGGAAUUUGGUGCUACUGUGCGCCACAUUGUAGAAGGAGAGACCAAGGUAUCCAAAUUAGGAAAAAUCAAGUGUAAGAAUGAAAACCAUUCAACGCAAGAUGUGAAAGCAGAUGAUCUUCGGCAGAUGUUUCUAGCUAUGACUGAGGAGGUCCGUGUUAUCAUUGUCAAGUUAGCUGACAGAUUACAUAACAUGCGGACCCUGUCACAUAUGCCUCCACAUAAGCAGGCUAGCAUAGCAAUGGAGACGUUGCAGGUCUUUGCUCCUUUAGCAAAACUGCUGGGAAUGUACCAAAUUAAGUCUGAACUUGAAAAUCUAUCCUUCAUGUACACGAAUGCCCAAGACUUUGCGAAAGCGAAGAGAAGAGUUGAAGAACUCUAUAAAGAACAUGAAAAGGAACUCAUAGAGGCAAAUAAAAUUUUGAUGAAGAAAAUUGAGGAUGAUCAGUUCUUAGACCUUAUGACUGUGAAAACUGAAGUUAAAUCUUCGUGUAAGGAGCCUUAUAGUAUUUAUAAAGCUGUACUCAAAUCUAAAGGUUCAAUAAAUGAAGUCAACCAAAUUGCACAGCUUCGAAUCAUUAUAAAACCAAAGCCAUGCAUCGGAGUUGGGCCUCUAUGUAGUGCACAGCAGAUCUGUUACCAUGUUCUUGGGUUGGUACAUGGAAUUUGGACCCCUAUUCCUCGAGCUAUGAAGGAUUAUAUAGCAACCCCAAAACCUAAUGGCUAUCAGAGUCUUCACACCACUGUAAUUCCAUUUCUUUAUGAGAGCAUGUUUCGGCUGGAAGUUCAGAUAAGAACUGAAGAAAUGGAUCUGAUAGCUGAAAGAGGCAUUGCUGCUCAUUAUAGUGGGAAAGGUCUUGUUACUGGCUUAGUUGGAUACGCAAUGCCUAAUGGUAGAAAUUCAAGAGGGAAAACAGUCUGUCUGAACAAUGCUAACAUCGCCCUCAGGAUUGGCUGGCUCAAUGCAAUCAGAGAGUGGCAAGAGGAGUUUGUUGGGAACAUGAGCUCUAGGGAGUUUGUAGACACAAUCACCAGAGAUCUUUUAGGUAGCCGUGUCUUUGUGUUUACGCCAAGGGGAGAGAUAAAAAAUCUUCCUAAGGGGGCAACUGUCGUCGACUAUGCUUAUAUAAUACACACAGAAAUAGGCAACAAAAUGGUGGCUGCAAAGGUCAAUGGUAAUCUAGUUUCUCCCUCGCAUAUACUUGCAAAUGCUGAAGUUGUGGAGAUAGUAACCUAUAAUGCACUCUCAAGUAAAUCUGCUUUCCAGAGACAUAAGCAAUGGCUGCAACAUGCAAAAACGCGCAGCGCCAGACACAAGAUUAUGAAAUUUUUGAGAGAGCAAGCUGCAUUAUCGGCAAGUGAAAUAACAUCUGAUGCAGUAAAUGGCUUUAUUGCUGAUUCUGUAGAGGAUACUGAACCGGAAGAUCUCUCAGAUUAUUCUAAGGGGAACAAACACACAUGGGAGAAAAUCCUCAUGAAUGUCGUGGAAAUGUCAUCUUCAAUGACCAGAGGGGAAGACGUUUUCGGAUGCCAAAAUGGUAGUAUUCAGGCCCCCAAAGUCAAUGGGAAACAUAACAAGCAUAUCCGGCAAGUGAGUUUGAAUGCCAAAGGAGAGAUGUCAUCGCAGGAAAAUGGUGUCACUAAGAUGAUACUUGCUAACAUUCCAAUAUACAAGGAAGUAUUGCCUGGUCUAGAGAGUUGGCAAGCUGGAAAGAUUGCAUCUUGGCACAACCUUGAAGGGCACUCUAUCCAAUGGUUUGGUGUUGUCUGCGUGGAUCGAAGAGGCAUGAUGGCUGAUAUAACAACAGCAUUGGCAGCUGCAGGCAUAUCAAUUUGUUCUUGUGUGGCAGAAAUUGAUAGAGGGAGGGGAAUGAGCGUAAUCUUGUUUCAUGUUGAAGGGAACCUAGACAGUUUGGUUAUUGCUUGUUCGAGGGUAGAUCUAAUCUUUGGUGUUUUGGGAUGGUCCACGGGGUGCAGCUGGCCAAGCUCAAUGGAUAACCAUGGGGUUCUAGAAUGUUAAUCAGUUUUAGUGGAUCUGGUGACGGAUGUGGAGGAUUGGGUAAGCAGUUUUGUCCUUUGGAAAACUGAGAUCCCAGUCAUAAAAGUAGAUUUUUGUGUAUUUAGUUUCUUAGUUGAUCAUCUAUAUGUUGGACGCUUGUGGCAAGAUAAACCAGCAGCUGCCAAGUUGAACAAGUCAAUAGCCAGGGGAUUGUAUAUAGAAAGAAGAGUAAUAGUUACUGCAGUAUACAUGUAAAAAUACUUGCAAGAAGAUGAGAUUAAAGCAUUUAUGAGAAAGGUUUUACAGAACUAUUUCUACUA